GGUGGGGCUUAAGAGGGCGAGCCUGCAAGGUGCGGGCGCCCCAACCUAAGGGCCAGCCGAAAAUUCAGGGUCGGUCAACAUUGGUGGACAGUGCGCAGGCGCGUUUUCUCAGACGCGGGCAAUUGUUUUGGGAGUGCAAGUGUUUUGAGCGGACGCUGCGCGAUAUUUAUGCGCAUGGGCAGUUUGUGCUCCGCUGCUUAGUCCGACUUCCUCUGGAGAGGCGCGCUACGAACUUCGUGUCGCCUUUGAACCGGAAGCGGGAGGAGGGGCGUGGAUAACGGGGCGCUGAAGCUGUGGCUGCCGGAGGCGAGGAGAGCACGGAGUUGGGCUGUAGCCACCGCCGCCUCCAGGUACCACUUUGGCCACCAGAAUUCAGUAGUAGUGGCUUCUGUGAGGGAAAAUUCCUGUCUGCCUAGUCUGCUCUCGCCCCUGUUUGUAUGCACUCUCACGCACUCCUGGGGCGCCCCGCGCCACCUCUUUUCUUCACCCCACUGUUCGGGCCUCGUGCUGCGGCCCUGCGGGAUUUAGCCCGGAGCCUCCUUUAAGUGCCGAACCUCCCAUCUCCGCGUCCCAUUUUCCUGUAACCUUAGGAAUUCGGAUUUACACAGAAAAAGAUUUGUGUUCUGAAAUGCUGAAUCAUGAGUCUUGCACUUAAUAACCUGCUUAUUUGUUGCCGGCAACUGGAAAAUGAUAGAGCUACAGAACGAAGGAAAGAAGUUGAGACCUUUAAGCGCCUGAUUCGGGAUCCUGAAAUAGUUCAAGAUUUAGAUAGGCAUUCAGAUUCCAAACAAGGAAAAUACUUAAACUGGGAUGCUGUUUUCAGAUUUUUACAGAAAUAUAUUCAGAAAGAAACAGAAUGUCUGAGAACUGCAAAACCAAAUGUUUCCAUCUCAACACAAACCUCCAGACAGAAAAAGAUGCAAGAAAUCAGUAGUUUGAUCAGAUUCUUUAUCAAAUGUGCAAAUAAAAGAGGACCCAGGCUAAAAUGUCAAGAGCUCUUAAAUUAUGUCAUGGACACAGUGAAGGAUUCAUCUAACAGUGUGAUUUAUGGAUCUGAUUGCAGCAACAUACUACUCAAAGACAUUCUUUCUGUGAGGAAAUACUGGUGUGAAAUAUCUCAGCAGCAGUGGCUAGAAUUGUUCGCUGUAUACUUCAGGUUGUAUCUCAAGCCUUCACAAGACAUUAAUAGAGUUUUAGUGGCUAGAAUAAUUCAUAUUGUGACCAAAGGAUGCUGUUCACAAACUGAUGGAAUAAAUUCUAAAUCUUUAGAUUUUUUUUCUGAGGCUAUUCAGUAUGCAAGACAAGAAAAAAAAUCUGCUGGCCUAAAUUAUAUCUUGGCAGCUCUUAUUAUCUUUCUCAAGACUUUGGCUGUCAAUUUUCGAAUGCGAGUGUGUGAAUUAGGAGAUGAAAUUCUUCCUACCUUAUUGUAUAUUUGGACUCAACAUAUACUUAAUGAUUCCUUAAAAGGAGUAAUUAUUGAGUUAUUUCAGCUGCAAAUCUCUAUCCAUCAUCCAAAGGGAGCCAAAACCCAUGAAAAAGGUGCUUAUAAGUCAACAAAAUGGCAAAGUAUCUUGUACAGCCUAUAUGAUCUGCUAGUGAAUGAGAUAAGUCAUAUAGGAAGUCGAGGGAAAUACUCUGCAGGAUUUCGUAACAUUGCUGUGAAAGAAAAUUUGAUUGAAUUGAUGGCAGAUAUUUGUCACCAGAUUUUUGAUGAAGAUACCAGGUCCUUGGAGAUUUCUCAGUUUUACACUACUACACAAAGAGAAUCUAAUGAUUAUAGUGUACCUUGCAAAAGAAGAAAAAUAGAAGUAGGCUGGGAAGUAAUAAAAGAUUAUCUUCAGAAGUUACAGAAUGAUUUUGAUCUUGUGCCUUGGCUGCAAAUUAUAACCCAGUUAAUAUCUAAGUAUCCUGCAAGUUUACCUAACUAUGAGCUGUGUCCGUUACUGAUGAUACUAUACCAGCUUCUACCUCAGCAGCGAUGUGGAGAACGCACGCCAUAUGUGUUACGUUGUCUUACAGAAAUUGCAUUGUGUCAAGGCAAGAAAACAAACCUGGAAAGCUCUCAAAAGUCAGAUUUAUCAAAACUCUGGAUUAAAGUUUGGUCUGUUACAUUUCGUGGUAUCAAUUCUGUACAAAUCCAAACUGAAAACUUUGGCUUGCUUGGAGCCAUUAUUCAAGGUAGUUUAGUUGAAGUUGACAGAGAAUUCUGGAAGUUAUUUACUGGGUCAGCCUGCAAACCUUCAAGUUCUGUAGUAUGCUGUUUGACUUUGGCACUGACCAUCUGUGUAAUUCCAGAAGUAUUAAAAACAAGAACAGAGCAAAAUGUAUGUGAAGUAAAUAGAAGUUUUUCUUUAAAGGAGUCGAUAAUGAGAUGGCUCUUAUUCCAUCAGUCAGAGGAUGACUUAGAAGACAGUAAAGAGCUCCCUCCAAUUCUUCAGAGUAAUUUUCCUCAUCUCAUACUAGAGAAAAUUCUUGUGAGUCUCACUAUGAAAAACUGUAAAGCUGCAAUGAAUUUUUUCCAGAGUGUGUCAGAAUGUGAACAUCACCAAAAAGAUAAAGAAGAGCUUUCAUUCUCAGAAGUUGAAGAACUAUUUCUUCAGACGACUUUUGACAAGAUGGAUUUUUUAAGCAUUGUGAAACAAUGUGCUAUAGAAAAGUGUCAGUCCAAUAUUGGCUUUUCUGUCCACCAAAAUCUCAAGGAAUCGUUGAAUCGCUAUCUUUUGGGAUUAUCAGAACAACUUCUAAACAAUUCAUCUGAGGUUACAAAUUCAGAAACCCUUGUCCAGUGUUCGAUUCUUUUGGUGGGUGUCCUUGGCUGCUAUUGUUAUGUGGGUAUAAUAACUGAAGAGGAAGCAUAUAAAUCAGAAUUAUUCCAGAAAGCAAAGUCUUUAAUGCAAUGUGCAGGAGAGAGUAUCUCUCUGUUUAAAAAUAAAACAGAUGAGGAAUCUAGAAUUGGGUCACUGAGAAAUAUGAUGUGUCUAUGUACAAGUUGCUUUUGUAACUGUAGCAAGCAAAAUCCAAAUAAGAUUACAUCUGGCUUUUUCCUACGAUUGUUAACAUCAAAGCUGAUGAAUGACAUUGCAGAUAUUUGUAAAAGUUUGGCAUCCUUUAUCAAAAAUCCAUUUGACUAUGGGGAAGUAGAAUCAGUGGAAGAUGAUACUAAUGAAAAUCUAAACGAUGUGAAUGAGUCAUCAUCUAUGAAUUUAUUUCAUGAUAACCCUUCUAGUAGUGCAAAUGAUGCAAAUGAUCCUGCAGAGAACCAAAGUACCAUUGGUUCUAUGAAUCCUUUAGCAGAGGAGUAUCUGUCAAAGCAAGAUCUACUUCUUUUAGACAUGCUCAAGUUCUUGUGUAUGUGUGUAACUACCUCUCAGACUAAGUACGUGUCAUUUAGAGCUGCUGAUAUUCGGAGAAAAUUGUUAAUGUUAAUUGAUUCUAGCACACUAGAUCUUACUAAAUCCCUCCACUUACACAUGUACUUAGUGCUUUUAAAGGAGCUACCUGGAGAACAGUAUCCUUUGCCAGUGGAAGAUGUUGUAGAACUUCUGAAACCACUGUCCAGUGUGUGUUCUUUAUAUCGCCGUGACCAAGAUGUUUGUAAAACAAUUUUAAAGCAUGUCCUUCAUAUAGUGACAAACCUAGCUCAAGACAAUAUAGAUACAGAGAAUACAAAAGAGGCGCAAGGGCAGUUCCUUACAGUGAUUGGAGCAUUUUGGCAUCUAACAAAGGAGAGGAAAUGCACAUUUUCUGUAAGAAUGGCAAUAGUAAGAUGCCUUAAAACUCUGCUUGAGGCUGAUCCUUAUUCAAAAUGGGCUAUUCUUAAUGUAAUGGGAGAAGGCUUUCCAGUAAAUGAAGUAUUUCCACAAUUUCUUGCCGAUGAUAAUCACCACGUGCGCAUGUUAACUGCAGGAUCAAUUAAUAGAUUAUUCCAGCAUAUGAAACAAGGAGACUCUUCCAUGUUGUUGAAAGCACUUCCUUUGAAACUUCAACAAACAGCUUUUGAAAAUGCAUACUUGAAAGCUUGGGAAGGAAUGAAAGAAGUGUCACAUGAUGCUGAGAAUCCUGAACUUUUGGAUGAGACUUAUAAUAGAAAAUCCGUUUUCCUGAUGAUGAUAGCUGUGGUUUUAUACUCUAGUCCUAUUUGUGAAAAACAAGCCUUGUUUGCCUUGUGCAAAUCUGUGAAAGAGAAUGGAUUAGAUCCUCACCUUGUGAAAAAGGUUUUAAAGAAAGUUUCUGAAACUUUUGGAUGUAAACAUUUAGAAGACUUCAUGGCUUCUCAUUUAGAUUACCUGGUUUCAGAAUGGCUAAAUCUUCAAGAUACUGCAUACGGCUUAUCUUCUUUUCCUUUUAUUUUAUUAAAUUGCUCAAAUGUUGAGGAUUUUUAUAGAUCUUAUUAUAAGGUUUUGAUUCCACAUUUGGUGAUUAGAAGUUAUUUUGAUGACGUGAAGUCUAUUGCUAAUCAGAUUCAAGAAGAUUGGAAAAGGCUUCUAAUAGGCUGUUUUCCAAAGAUUCUUGUAAAUAUUCUUCCUUAUUUUGCAUAUGAGGGCACUGCAGACAGUAGGAUGGCACAGCAAAGAGUGACUGCUACCGAGGUCUAUGAUAUGCUUAAAGGUGAAAACCUAUUGGGAAAACAGAUUGAUCACUUAUUCAUUAGUAAUUUACCAGAGAUUGUGGUGGAGUUAUUGAUGACAUUACAUGAACCAGCAGAUUUUGGUGCCAGCCAAAGCACUGACCUCUGUAACUUUUCUGGAGAUUUGGAUCCUGCUCCUAAUCCACCUUAUUUUCCAUCACAUGUUAUUAAGGCAACAUUUGCCUAUAUCAGCAAUUGCCAUAAAACCAAGCGCAAAAGCAUUUUAGAAAUUCUUUCCAAAAGCCCUGAUUCCUAUCAGAAAAUUCUUCUAGCCAUUUGUGAGCAAGCAGCUGAGACAAAUAAUGCUUAUAAGAAGCACAGAAUUCUCAAAAUAUAUCAUCUGUUUGUUAGUUUAUUACUAAAGGAUAUAAAAAGUGGCUUGGGAGGAGCUUGGGCCUUUGUUCUUCGAGAUGUUAUUUAUACUUUAAUUCACUAUAUUAACCAAAGGUCCUCCCGUCUCAUGGAUGUGUCAUUACGUAGCUUCUCCCUUUGUUGUGACCUGUUAAGUCGGGUUUGCCAGACAGCAGUGACUCACUGCAAGGAUGCUUUAGAAAACCAUCUUCAUGUUAUUGUUGGCACACUUACACCCCUUGUAAACGAUCAGGUGGAGGUUCAAGAGCAGGUAUUGGACUUACUGAAAUACUUAGUGAUAGAUAACAAGGAUAAUGAAAACCUCUAUCUCACAAUUAAGCUUUUAGAUCCUUUUCCUGACCAUGUUGUUUUUAAGGAUUUGCGUAUUACUCAGCAGAAAAUCAAAUACAGUAAAGGAUCCUUUUCACUCUUGGAGGAAAUUAACCAUUUUCUCUCAGUUAGUUUGUAUGAUGCACUUCCAUUGACAAGGCUUGAAGGAUUGAAGGAUCUUCGAAGACAACUGGAACAACAUAAAGAUCAGAUGAUGAGUCUUAUGAGAGCAUCUCAGGAUAAUCCACAAGAUGGCAUUAUGGUAAAGCUAGUUGUCAGCUUGUUGCAGUUAUCAAAGAUGGCAGUAAACCACAUGGGUGAAAAAGAAGUUUUAGAAGCUGUUGCGAGCUGCUUGGGAGAAGUGGGUCCUAUAGAUUUCUCUACCAUAGCUAUUCAACAUAAUAAAGAUACAUCUUAUACCAAAGCCUUAGAGUUAUUUGGAGAUAAAGAACUUCAGUGGACCUUAAUAAUGCUGACAUACCUGAAUAACACAUUGGUAGAAGAUGGUGUCAAAGUUCGAUCAGCUGCUGUUACCUGUUUGAAAAAUAUUUUAGCCACAAAGACUGGACAUAAUUUCUGGGAGGUUUAUAAGAUGACAACUGAUCCCAUGCUGACCUAUCUACAGCCUUUUAGAACAUCAAGAAAAAAGUUUUUAGAAGUUCCCAGACUUGACACAGAAAGCCCUUUAGAAGACUUGGAUGAUACUAAUCUGUGGAUUCCUCAAAGCCAAAAUCAUAAUAUUUGGAUAAAGACCCUGACCUGUGCUAUUUUGGACAGUGGAGGCCUGAAAAGUGAAAUUCUUCAGUUAUUAAAGCCAUUGUGUGAAGUGAAAACUGGCUUUUGUCAGACUGUGCUUCCAUACUUGAUUCAUGAUAUUUUACUCCAAGAUAUAAAUGAAUCAUGGAGAAAUCUGCUUUCUACACAUGUUCAAGAAUUUUUCACCAGCUGUUUCAAACACUUGUCACAAACAAGCCGAUCUACGACCCCCGCAAAUUUGGAUUCAGAGUCAGAGCUAUUUUCUCAAUGCUGUUUGGAUAAAAAAUCACAAAGAACAAUGCUUGCUGUUGUAGACUAUCUGAGAAGACAAAAGAGACCUUCAUCAGAAACAGUUUUUGAAGAUGCUUUCUGGCUGGAUUUGAAUUAUCUGGAGGUUGCCAAGGUAGCUCAGUCUUGUGCUGCACACUUUACAGCAUUGCUUUAUGCAGAAAUCUAUGCAGAUAAGAAGAAAAUAGAUGACCAAGAGAAAAGGAGUCUUACAUUUGAAGAAGGAAGCCAAAGUACAAGUAUUUCUAGUUUGAGUGAAAAAAGUAAAGAAGAAACUGGAAUAAGUUUACAGGAUCUUCUCUUAGAAAUUUAUAGAAGUAUAGGAGAACCAGAUAGUCUUUAUGGCUGUGGUGGAGGGAAAAUGUUACAACCCCUUACUAGAUUACGAACAUAUGAACAUGAAGCAAUGUGGGGGAAAGCCUUAGUAACAUAUGACCUGGAGAAAGCAAUUUCCUCAUCAACCCGCCAGGCUGGAAUAAUUCAGGCUUUGCAGAAUUUGGGACUCUGCCAUAUUCUUUCCGUCUAUUUAAAGGGAUUAGAUAAUGAAAAUAAAGAGUGGUGUGCUGAACUACAGGAACUUCACUACCAGACUGCAUGGAGGAAUAUGCAGUGGGAUCAUUGCGAUUCUGUCAAUAAAGGAAUAGAAGGAUCUGGUUACCAUGAAUCAUUGUACAGUGCUCUGCAGUCUCUAAGAGACAGAGAAUUCUCCACAUUUUUUGAGUGCCUCAGAUAUGCCAGAGUAAAAGAAGUAGAAGAGUUGUGUAAGGGCAGCCUUGAAUCUGUAUAUUCACUGUACCCUGCACUUAGUAGAUUACAAGCCAUUGGAGAGCUGGAAAACAUUGGGGAGCUUUUCUCGAGAUCAGUCAGAGAUAUACAACUUUCUGAAGUAUAUAUGAAAUGGCAGAAACACUCCCAGCUUCUUAAAGACAGUGAUUUUAGUUUUCAGGAGCCUAUCAUGGCUCUGCGUACAGUCAUUUUGGAGAUCCUAAUGGAAACGGAAAUGGAGAACUCUCAAAGAGAAUGUUUUAAGGACAUUCUUACCAAACACCUUGUAAAAUUCUCUAUCCUGGCCCGAACUUUCAAGAACACUCAGCUCCCUGAAAGGGCAAUGUUUCAAAUUAAACAGUAUAAUUCAACUGUUUGUGGAGUUUCUGAGUGGCAGCUGGAGGAAGCACAAGUAUUCUGGGCAAAAAAAGAACAGAGUCUUGCCCUGAGUAUUCUCAAGCAAAUGAUCAAGAAGUUGGAUGCCAGCUUUACAGAGAGUAAUCCAAACCUUAAACUUAUAUAUACAGAAUGUCUGAGGGUUUGUGGCACCUGGUUAGCAGAAACAUGCUUAGAAAAUCCAGCAGUCAUCAUGCAGACCUAUCUAGAAAAGGCAGUGCAAAUUGCUGGAAGUUAUGAUGGAGAAAGCAAUGAUGAGCUCAGAAAUGGAAAAACGAAGGCAUUUCUUUCAUUAGCAAGGUUCUCUGAUACUCAGUACCAGAGAAUUGAAAACUACAUGAAAUCAUCAGAAUUUGAAAACAAGCAGGCUCUCUUGAAAAGGGCCAAAGAGGAAGUGGGCCUCCUAAGGGAACAUAAAAUUCAGACCAACAGAUACACAGUAAAAGUUCAAAGAGAGCUGGAGCUGGAUGAAUGUGCACUGCGUGCACUGAAAGAGGAUCGUAAACGCUUCCUAUGUAAAGCAGUUGAAAAUUACAUCAACUGCUUAUUAAGUGGAGAAGAACAUGAUAUGUGGGUAUUCCGACUUUGUUCCCUCUGGCUUGAAAAUUCUGGAGUUUUUGAAGUUAAUGCCAUGAUGAAGAGAGAUGGAAUGAAGAUUUCAUCAUAUAAGUUUUUACCUCUUAUGUACCAACUGGCUGCUAGAAUGGGGACCAAAACAAUGGGAGAUCUAGGAUUUCAUGAAGUACUCAAUAAUCUCAUCUCUAGAAUUACAAUGGAUCACCCCCACCAUACUUUAUUUAUUAUAUUGGCUUUAGCAAAUGCAAACAAAGAUGAAUCUUUGACCAAACCAGAGGCAGCAAGAAGGAGUAGAAUAACUAAAAAUGCAUCUAAACAGAACUCUCAGCUUGAUGAGGAUCGAACGGAAGCUGCAAACAGAAUAAUAUGUUCUAUCAGAAGUAAGAGACCUCAGAUGGUCAAGAAUAUUGAGGCACUUUGUGAUGCUUAUAUUAUAUUAGCAAAUUUAGAUGCCACUCAGUGGAAGACACAGAGAAAAGGCAUCAAUAUUCCAGCAGACCAGCCAAUUAAUAAACUUAAGAAUUUAGAAGAUGUUGUUGUUCCUACUAUGGAAAUUAAGGUGGACCCCACAGGAGAAUAUGGAAAUCUGGUAACAAUACAGUCAUUUAAAACAGAAUUUCGUUUAGCAGGAGGUUUAAAUUUACCAAAAAUAAUAGAUUGCAUAGGUUCUGAUGGCAAGGAAAGGAGACAGCUUGUCAAGGGCCGUGAUGACCUAAGACAAGAUGCUGUAAUGCAGCAAGUAUUCCAGAUGUGUAAUACACUGCUGCAGAGAGACAGUGAAACUAGGAAGAGAAAAUUGACUAUCUGCACAUAUAAGGUGGUCCCCCUCUCUCAGCGAAGUGGUGUUCUUGAAUGGUGUACAGGAACUGUCCCAAUUGGUGAAUUUCUUAUUAACAAUGAAGGUGGUGCUCAUAAAAGAUACAGGCCAAUGGAUUUCAGUGCCUUUCAAUGCCAAAAGAAAAUGAUGGAUGUACAGAAGAAGUCCUUUGAAGAGAAAUAUGAAACUUUCAUGGAUAUUUGCCAAAAUUUUCAACCAGUUUUCCGUUACUUCUGCAUGGAAAAAUUUCUGGACCCUGCUGUUUGGUUUGAGAAACGAUUGGCUUAUACUCGCAGUGUGGCCACUUCUUCUAUUGUUGGUUACAUCCUUGGCCUUGGAGAUAGACAUGUACAGAACAUCUUGAUAAAUGAACAGUCAGCAGAACUUGUUCAUAUCGAUUUAGGGGUUGCUUUUGAACAGGGUAAAAUCCUUCCUACGCCUGAAACAGUUCCUUUUAGACUCACCAGGGAUAUCGUGGAUGGUAUGGGCAUCACUGGUGUUGAAGGUGUCUUCAGAAGAUGCUGUGAGAAAACCAUGGAAGUUAUGAGAAAUUCUCAGGAAACUCUGUUAACCAUUGUAGAGGUCCUUUUGUACGAUCCACUCUUUGACUGGACCAUGAAUCCUUUGAAAGCGUUGUAUUUACAGCAGAGGCCUGAGGAUGAAAAUGAGCUCCACUCCACUCUGAAUGCAGAUGACCAACAAUGCAAACGAAAUCUUAGUGAUACUGACCAGAGUUUGAACAAAGUAGCUGAACGUGUCUUGAUGAGAUUGCAAGAAAAACUCAAAGGAGUGGAGGAAGGCACCGUGCUCAGUGUGGGUGGACAGGUGAAUUUGCUCAUACAGCAGGCCAUGGAUCCCAAAAAUCUCAGCCGACUCUUCCCAGGAUGGAAAGCUUGGGUGUGAUCUUCAGCAUGUGAAUCACUCUUGAAUUCAGCCUUUAGAAAUUAUAUUUCAGCCUUCAUUUUUAAUCCAGCCACAAACUGAAUAGGGAUUAAUAUUUAAGAGAACACAACUGUAUUUUUAAAAAGUGUUUACUGCUUCAUUCACUCACCACCCAAAGAUACUUUGAUAGUGUUGAGUAUCUCUGUUCUUGCAUGUUAAAAAUAAUAGUUAUUCAUGCUCUACAUCUAGUCCAAAUGUUUAUUCUUCUCAAAAUCGUACCUAUUUUCAGUAGAAUCACCUGAUUUAUAUAUUUGUGAGAACCAUCAGCAUGAUGGUUUUCCCUUGGUAUGAAUCAGAAUAAAUAUAAUGAGGGGUGGUUAGGGUUUUAAAUAUUAACAUAUUGAGUACCUGACAUAUGUUGUAGCAACAUCUCUCAUCUUUACAACAAAAUCUUGGGUGAUUAGUGAUGUUAUCCCAAUUUAUGGCUGCAGAAAGUAAAAGUUAGAUAAAUAGGAUAAAGUUUCCUUUUUUUAAUUGCAAAAAAAGUGUAAUAUGGGUAUUCUCUAGAAGAUAUUUCAGAUGAAAAUCUGGGGAUCCUCAACCAGUUGCUCACAAGAUUAACAAAAAACAAAUAUAUAGAGAAGCUUCUAGAAAAGCUAACAGAGUGUUUAAACAGUUGUGUCCAGAUAGAGGGAAGGGAGGUAAUAGCCCUCUCACAUAUGCUUCACUGGUCUUACUUCCUCAGAGUAGCUCCCUAAACAGUAUGUAGAUAAAUGCAACAUCAUCAUAGUAUAUACUUAAAUUGUAAAAAAAAAAACCCACACACUUAAAAAUUUAAUAAAAAUUUAAAUAUGGUGGAAAACAAAAACAGGGAAAUUGGGCAUCUCAAAGAUUAAAAUAAACCGUACUGUCAAAAACUAAAGUCCAGCCUGGCAUGGUGGUAUACAUCUGUAAUCCCACCACUUGGAAGUCUGAGGCAAGAGGAUUGCUAUGAGUUAGAGGCCAUCUGAACUACAUAGCAAGGCCCUGUCUCAAAAAGAAAAGAAAAAACUAGAUGGCCAGUAUACUGAGUUGAAUAGAAAAAUGUGCCAUUCAAGUAUUUCAAUUGCACCUUAGUGACGUUAUAUUUUAUAUAGAUUUUAGUACUAUUAAAUGUAUUUCUUGACUUUCCUGUUACCUAUAUCUAUCAUUAAAUAUUUUUGAAUAAAUUUUAGAAAAUAAUAUAUGUUAGGCAUAGGGGUAGUUACUUAGGAGACAACAGUGAGUACAACAGGCAUAGUCAACCCAUAUAAGAGAGUUCAGAGUUUGGGGAAGAUAAUGCAGUUGCUAUCUCACUGUGAAUUGAGGAGUCAGCUGGGCCAGUUUGGCCUGCUGCAUCUAAGAAUAAUAAGUUGUAAUUAAUGUCUUUAAGACAAGUGAAUGUUUGUUGCCUGGGCCUAGAAAAUGAUCUAGUUGACAUUGUAAAUAAAAUAAAAAAGAUUUGCUCUAGAAUGACAAAUACAAAGACCCUGAUAUCCUAAAUAUGAUGUUCUACGUAUUUAUCAUUUUUAAAAAAUUAACUCCUCUUGAGGAUCUCAGGCUUUUUUGUCUAGCUUCUGCCAGAAUGCAUUCUAUACACUGAAGUCAAAGUUUAGAUUCAGAAUUGGUAACAGUGAUUUUAUAUAAUGCAAAGUGUCCUCUGAAAAAUCUCUUACUUCCCCUUAAAUCAUACAAGGUUUUAUGUAUAGCAAUAUGUAAAAAUAUGUACUUUUAUAGGAUAUUAAUCAAAAGAAGUGUUCUUGACCACAUGAUUUUGCCACUCCCACUGCAAUUUUGAAAACUAAAAUUAUUCUCCUGGGUACAAAGUGGAAUAGUCUCAAUUUGUAACUCAAUAAUGACUAGGAAAAUUAAACUUUUGUAUAUGUUUGCUGGUCAGUAUGUUUUUCCUCUUUCGCACAUUACC